GAACUCCUCACUGAGCUAAGUAGGGUGAUGAGGAGUUUGAAGUGUGCUGUUCGGUUUUCUGAUGCAUACUCAGAUGGUCUAACAGGUAGACUCUGGAAACAGCGGUGGUAAUGACAGAUUCCAAAUCUCUCCGUUUCCCGUGGUCUUGGAUUGCUCCUGUGGUGAAGGGAUCCUGCGUUCAGAAGUUUGGACAGUGGCCUCCUGUUUCCCCAGCUUUCUGACUGGCAGAUAUCAUUUGACAGAUAGUCAGGCGUCCUCCCUGUGAGAUACGCUGUGCCACAGCCCGCACGUGCUCUUCAUCGCAGAUGCGCCCACGCAGGUCUCUGGAUUGGCUAGAACACCUGCAGGUGUCUCCUAUGGCUGGCGGCUGGAAUCUGGCUUUCAUCAGUGCUAAAGACCCAACCUCAGGAAGCCCUGCAAAAAGAAUCAGGUGUUGGAGCCUAGCAGUCAUGAACCCUAUUUUGUUCAGAUGGUGAGGAACUGGUAUGACCGAGGGCGGCAUCUAUAGCAGCUGAUGUGUCCAAUUUAGCCUCAAAAAGAAAAGGAUUGUCUUCCCUCUCCCGUCGAGAGGUGCAGGGGUUCGGGGAAGGAGUGCCGACCUCUCUUGCAUUUCACCAUCUGUAAAAUGAGGUUGAAAGAUUUACCUUGGGCCAGUGAGAUGGCUCAGUGAGUAAGAGCACUUGGAACUAAGCCUGAAGACCCGAGUUCCAUCCCUAAGAACUGACUCGUGCAGAUUGUUCUCUGACCUCCAGCUGUGCAUCGUGAUGCUCACAUGUCCUCUAGCUAAAUAAAUAAGUAGACAAAUAUCUGUAGUAGCAAAUGUAAUCUAUCCUGGAGACUUCAUCGCCCUUCAUCGUUCCGGAAUCUCAAUAUUCUCUGAACAUCAGAUGCUCCAUGGCUGCCUCUUGUUUUAAUAGUAAAACACAGCACAGUUAUUAAGCUGACUUUCUUAUCUAGGUGCUCGCCCAAGUGAAAUUUGCCUCAUCAGAGCGCAAGGACACUCUCAGGUGAGAAGACGUGGCAGUUGACAGUUAGGUGAGGAACCAACAGAAAUCCACAGCAUCUGGAGCUUCUAGGGCAUGGUUCUGAAGUGGGUGUCCUUGCUGAAUGUCAUCGGGUGCACUGCAGUGUGAUGGUGAAAGCAAGAAGAUCUGGAGUCUGUGGCUAUCCAGGGCUACAUGAAAGUCUAUGAAAAACAGCAAGAAGAUGGAAAGUUAAGACGAAAGGAAAGAGAACCUGCGAGGCGGCGAAGCCUGGAGGAGUCACGCAGAGUCACGCAGACGAUUCGAACCAUGAAAUCGAUGACCAGUCGUAAGUCACUGUGGGUGCUGCUGUUGAUAGUUAUCUUCUGGGUCUCUUUUACAGUUUUCAGAAACCCAUCAAAGAUAUGGGCUCCAUUCAAGCUGCCUGUGUCCUUCAGUGGCUGGAACUUGGUCAUGAAAUCCUCGUGUCCUGCAGUGCUUCCGAACCCACCAGUCUCACCGACAGAGACAGAGCUGAGAGUCCGGGAGGUCCUGGAGAAGCUAGAUCAGCAGAUCCCUCCCAGACCCUUCACCCACCUCAACACCACCACCAGCGCCACACACAGCACCGUCACCAUCCUCAACCCUCGAGACACAUACUGCACGGGGGACAGACUGGAGGUGCUGCUGGAAGCUAGGGACUACUCUGGUCGCAGGAAGGAGUAUGGAGGGGACUUCCUGAGGGCCAGGAUAUCCUCCCCAGCCCUGAAGGCAGGAGCUUCUGGAAAGGUGACAGACUUCAACAAUGGCACCUACCUGGUCAGCUUCACUCUGUUCUGGGAGGGCCAGGUGGCCCUGUCUAUCCUGCUCAUCCAUCCCAGUGAAGGGGUGUCAGCCCUCUGGAGGGCACGGAAACAGGGCUACGACAGAAUCGUCUUCACUGGCCUGUUCGUCAGUGGAACCUCUCAGGUCCGCACCGAUUGUGCCUUGGUUCUAAACUCAAGUGCCGAGUUGUGCCAGUAUCUGGAUGCCCAGGACCAAGAAGCUUUCUACUGUGAGAAGCCUCCGAAUGUUCCCUGUGCUGCCCUCACCCACAUGCAUUCAAAGAACAAGGAAGUUUCCUAUCUUAGGCAGCAAGAGAGGCGCCUCUUUGAAAGGUCAAAUAUAGGUGUGGAGAUAAUGGGAAAACCCAAUGUGAUUAGUGUCUCCAAAUGCAACAAAGAAGCUGUUCCAGCAAAAGAGAGGUGCAAGCUCGGGAUGGUACCUGCAAUCCCCAGUGGGCAUGUCUGGAAAAACACAUGGAAUCCAGCUUCCUGUAGUUUGGCUCCAAUCAAAAUGAAAGACUGCCUGAGAGGAAAAUUCAUCCAUCUGAUGGGUGAUUCCACAAUCCGCCAGUGGAUGGAAUACUUCAAAAGCAAAAUCAACACACUGAGGUCUGUGGAUCUGCAUGAGACUGGAAAACUGCAACACCAACUCGCCGUGGACCUGGAUGAAAAAAUCAACAUCCAGUGGCAAAAACAUGGUUACCCCCUUAUUGGCUCAUUGGUCUACUCUGUCAAAGAAAUAGAGAACAUCGCACGGAUAAUUGACAGAACUGGAGGAGAGAAAAAUACGGUCAUCGUCAUUUCUCUGGGUCAGCAUUUCAGACCUUUCCCUAUUGACGUUUUUAUCCGAAGGGCCCUCAAUGUCCACAAAGCUCUUCAGCGUCUUCUCCUGAGAAGCCCAGACACGAUGGUUGUCCUCAAAACAGAAAACACCAGGGAGAUGACCAGCGACGUGGAAAGACUUAGUGACUUCCAUGGUUACACCCAGUAUCUCGCCUUACAGGAUAUUUUCCAGGGUCUCAAUGUGGGUGUCAUUGAUGCCUGGGAUAUGACCAUUGCAUAUGGCACAAAUGACGUCCAUCCACCACAGUAUGUGGUUGGAAGUCAAAUUAAUAUAUUCUUAAACUAUAUUUGCUAGGAAGCACAUAACUCUGAAAGUCACUCAUUGAAGCUCGAAGAUAUGGUGAAUCCUGCUCGCACGCCAGAUACCAGGAUGUCCCAGUUAGUCCAAGGAGGUAGUCUGGGGCCCAUGCAAUCCACCCCGUUUAGCCUAACAAGGCCCUAGACUGGGCUUCUGCUUCAGCUGAAGCUAAAAAGAAUCAAUGAAAGGUCCUAUCUUUUUUGACCAGAGCCCUGCUGCUCUUCAUCAAUUGGAAGUUAGGGUUCCCUGCUCCUACAAGUUCAGAAAAAUGAAGCAAUUUUGUAUACAAUUUUUUAAAGGUCUUUGAUUCCAUCUGUAAAUAUUUUUGUGGAGAAUUUUUACAUCCAUGUUCAUCAAGGAAAUUGAUCUGUGCUUUUUUUCUGGGUCAUGUCUCAGAGUUUGCCAUAAGGGUGACACAGACUUCAAAGAAUGACUUCGGUAGCAUUCCCUCUGUCUGUGAUUUGUGGAAGGUCUAAGAAGUGUUGGUUAGGUUUCUUUAAUAGUUUCAUAGUAUUCAGUAGUGAACCUGUCCAGGCCAGGACUUUUCUUUGGAGACCUUUAAUUACUGCUUCAAUUUCAUGGCUUUUUAUGGAUCUGCUUAAAUUGUUUCUAUUUUCUAGACCUACAUUUUGAUAGGCCAUAUACGUUUAGAAAUUUGUCUCUCUUCUAGUCUUUACAGUUUUUUUGGAAUAUAAGAUUUUGGAUCAACCAAAACAAAAUACACACGGAAACACUACCGUGAAACCUAAUUUUUGUAUGCUGAUUUUAGAAUAAUUGAAAAGUAAAUAAAAUUUUAAAAUGGAGAACACAUUAAAGUAGGAAUGAACAAUAGAAAAUAUUUUAGUGACUUUUUUAUUCUUA